AUGAAGGAGAUUUCAGAGACAUAUUUUCAUUGGUUUUGUUUGCAGUAUCCACUAUGUCUUCUUUUUCGUAAUGAGAAUGAAGAAAUGGUAGAAAUACUACAAGAUUUGCACCAGCGUUAUGUUCCUUUAAAUGAAGAUGGAAAAGAAAUUAGAGAACAGAUUUUCUUUGGCGGAGAUCAACUAACAGAAGAAAGGGCUAGAAAUGCUCAGAAGGCCAGACUGGAUAGCGAUACUCUUUUGGAAAUGUUGAUGGGUGUUUUACCAAAGAAUGAGGACUGGCAUGCCUUUCGCAUAGCUUUCCAGAGAACCAUGGAAAUAUUAAGUCAUCCAGAUACAACCGGUGAUGCAGGAACCUACUUUGCUAAUGCAACUGUUACCAACAACUCUAAUGCUAAGUUGAGUCCACUUAAUGAAUACAAUAAGGUGAAAGAGGCAUUCUACCUCUACUUAGAUGCCUAUAUUGUUGCUGCCACUAUGGCGUACUUUGGGAUGGAAGGCAUGGAAUCUGGAAUAAUGCCUGGGGACCUUGUCCAUGCCUCAAAGGAGGACAAGUCACAAUGGCUCCUGGCCACAUUGCGCCCGUGUGUGGAGCACUUUGUUUCCCUCAUGGGUGCACCUGGUUCAGGCAGAGGAGGAGCAAGUCUGCUCUGUGUGUGGCAAGGUCUACAAAUAUAA